UGCAAAUGACAGGGGAACACCCUCACUAUAAUAAUUGUAAGAGAAACUUCUUGCAAAACGAUUAAUUCUUCGCAAGGAACUUGAAGGAAUUUUAGUGCGAUAAAUUCUCGCCAGUCUGAGAGAAAUUCGAAGGAGAGUUGGUUUGGAGUGAUAAUCAUCACUCAUCUGAAGGAGAACAUCCCUCGGCUGUCGGAUCCUCAGCAACUUUUCAACUAAACCCGUCUCCAUCUUCAAUAAAUUGACGCUUCGAUAUCACCAAUUAAACCGACCACUGGCUACUCUUGGUCAGGCAAUACUUCGUAGUUUUCGACACAUUCAGAAACAUAGCGUGACGAAAUAUCGGUUGUGUGUGGUUCAUCACGGCUUGUGAUUGGUCGGUUGACUGUAUGACAUCUCGCCCAAGGUGUCUUUGACGAGGACGACUGGCUGGAUAGAGAGUUGCAGGAGAUAGUGGUAGUAAAUCCAGCCGACUCUGCCCGACCAGGAAGCCCAUAAAACUCCGUCUAACGAGCUCACAAAUCAAUCGUUUAAAUGAGCUCAAUGUUUUUGAACUCACUUUUCAGCAAAUAUCAACCGGGUGAAGCGUGGUUUCCGAGUGGUUUUGAUCCCGCGGUGAGCGCUGCCAACAGGAACUGCAAAACGGGACCAGGGGAGCCCGCCGUAGCGGCGGGUGCCUCUUCUGUAGGGUGGAGAGGGAUGCAUGCGGGUACUGCUGCUGGACAUUAUCCCUCUUUUGAUUUUACAAACUCCAAUUAUUACACGUCUGUCAAUAACACCCCUUUCAGUACAUCAUAUGGGUACCAGGCAUGCGGUUUUGCCUCUACUUGCCCCCAAGUACAAGUACAGAAUGGGGGCUAUACGGAACAAUAUACCUCUUACCCCCAUCAUAACGGGUAUGCCACGCCCAAUAUCACGGCUUACCCAACUACAUGGAGCCCCUCCCAAAAAGACACUGGGUUUGUUAGUCCCGUGAGUGGGGCCUUUAUCGGGUCGGGACAGGACAUCACCAUUCAGGGGCACCACGAAGGAAAAACGCUCGACAACCACAUCGAUUCCAAAGCCGAUGAUGGAGAAAGUGAACCUGUCUAUAAAGGUCCUGUGUAUAACUGGAUGAAAAUACCAGGUACCCACAUCAUCGGGACAGACCGUAAGCGUGGUCGACAGACCUACACCCGUGCUCAGACCUUGGAGUUAGAGAAGGAGUUCCAUUACAAUCGUUACCUGACGCGAAAGCGACGCAUCGAGAUCGCCCAGGCCGUAUGCCUGUCAGAGAGGCAGAUCAAAAUAUGGUUCCAGAAUCGACGGAUGAAAUGGAAGAAGGAACGAAUACGGGACGGUGUCGGCGACGAGGAGGACGAUGUGAAAGAAGGCGAGGGCGAUGACGUCAAUAGUUGUAGUAUAAAAGAGGAUGAGGACACUGAGAUAGACUCCGAUAAAGACCUGGGAAGUCAUUAACACCAUCGUCUUUGUCUUCAUCACUAUCAGAUACUCUCUCUUCAAGUACUAUUUGUAUCAUCCCAUUUCACUUUGGUCAUGUUCGUAAUUAUGCCAGCGUCGAUCUGCAACUGGACAGUAUCAUGAAGAAAUCGGAAGAUUCUUCGAUUCUGAUGGGAAGAUCAAUACUUUUUAUCACUUUGUCAUGAUUAUGAUUAUAUGUGUAAUUAAGUAUAUGAAAAUGUUUAGAUCUUUUGCUGCACUUGCAAUUUUUAUUGCAAGAUUACUUUACCAUGUUACUACUUUCCUACAUGUCACUUGCGUAUACCGGAAGAUAUACCCCCACCAUGCCCACACACUUUUCCGAGGGUGUAUGAUCCAUACAAGACCCCCCCCCCCCCUCAUUUUCAAGAAAUGAUUUUUAAUCAACAAAAAUAUAGUUUAAUAAAUGCGAAAUUAGCGAUCAUAACUUUCUAACAUGACAUUUUCACCUUUAUGCUUGUUUUAUAUUUCUGUUUUGACUCGAAUCAACUUCCUGUUGCAUGGGAUGUACUUAUUCUUUUACUUAACGGAGAGUGUAGUGAUCUAUCUGCAUGUUCACGUUGUUCUGUCAUCGCCCUAAGAUGUAGUAAAAUGUGAAUUGUAGCUAAAUUCAAUGAAAAUGUUUAUUGUGUAAAACUAUACAUAUCACACAUUGCCUAAGCCAUUCAAAAUGUAACCCUCCCCUCCCUCUUUCACACAAUUAGAAUGACGAAGUUAUAUUCGUGUAUUCCUGACACCGCAUUUUAUUUCAACGUUUGAAGAAUAUUUUCUUUAGAAAAUGCUUUGAAAAUAAUGUUUUUUCGGGGGAAGUCAUUUUUUCAACUUGUCGAAUUUUAAUUGAAAGUGAAUUUACCAACAAUAUAAACAUAAUUGUAUAAUAUAAAUCCAGCUAACGUAAAAGCAAAAUAGUGUUUUUAUGUUUCACCAUGUUCUACAUCGCUUCUUCGUCGUUAGUUUCAAGUCCAAGUCCACGUCAACAACAUACAGAUUUGGAAUAAUUUGACAUCAUCGAACAAAGAAUACCUUUAUUUAGUCUUUAAAAACUUGUUAUAUUAUGCACAUACUGCUGUGUACGUAAACAUUGGUAAAUUACAUGAAUUAGGGAGCCCUCAGUGUCAUACAUUUCACUUCUUAUUUCGUAUGCCAUUAAUUGUAAUAUAAAAUAUAUAAUUUUUAUUCGUACGAUAAUAAGCUCUUUAAGGAUAAACUAUUAUGCUCCAUGGAAAAUCUAGCCAAUUGAGUUUUACAUUCAUUAUGGGAAAACAAUUGUUUAUGUUUUAUAUAACAACAUUCAAAAGAUUGCAUAUCGCCCAUGGUGUACAUGACAUUGUUUUGUAUAUGAACGAGAAUUGAAAAUGACUUUUCUUUUAAACAUCCGAUGUGAAGAAAUUGUCAGAAUUAAGUUUAGUUCUUUGUUAUUGUAUUCAACUCAUUUUGUAUUUAUUUGUUUUAUUUUAUGGGGUUGGAUUUUACCUUUAACUGCAUUAGUCUGCCGAUAAACAAAUCGCCAUCUGUAAAUAACAUGAAAUGUGAUUCGACUGAUAGAAUUAUAUAGUUGCACCACUUUUCCUCUUCAAAGUAUUGUAUGUAAGACAUACAAAGAGACAUGUUAACAUCAAUAGUGUAUGGUACUUGUGUUGUAAAUAAAUAUGGGAUAGACGUUGUUUUGAA